CUGACCGACUACUACUACUUUCUGUGACAUCAGGAUCAAGAUUUGUUGUGACAGGUGUGCGGGGCGGGGCGGGCCACUGGAUGUCUGGACGCCGAGGGAAGGAGCCCGCUGACCCCUGGCGCCAUGGACCCCUCCAGGUUAAUUUUGAGUGACUACCAGAUCCUCCAUGAGCUUGGGACUGGCUCCUAUGGAUCUGCUCACCUGGCCCUCCAUGGUCCCUCAGACACUAAACAUGUCAUCAAAAAGAUCAAGAUUUCUCACAUGACCGAUAAGGAAGUGGAAAAUGCAAGGCGAGAAGUCCAGGUCUUGUCAAGCUUGUCGCAUCCUUAUAUAACACAGUUCCAAGGUUCCUGUGAAGAAGAUGGUUUCUUACUCAUAGCAAUGGACUACUGUGCUGGUGGUGACCUCCACUCUCUUAUCACCAAGAGGAAUGGCAUCCUUUUCCCAGAAGACAGAGUUCUGGAUUGGUUUGUACAGCUGUGUCUUGCCGUUAAAUACGUCCAUGACCGCAAGAUACUUCACCGUGACAUUAAGUCUCAGAACAUAUUUUUAACCGAUGAUGGAAAAGUUCGCUUGGGAGACUUUGGGAUUGCUAAGAUUUUAAAUAGUUCAUCUGAGUUGGCCAAAACAUGUAUUGGCACACCUUAUUAUUUGUCUCCAGAAAUGUGUGAAAAUAAGCCAUAUAACAACAAAAGUGAUGUUUGGGCAUUAGGCUGUGUUUUAUAUGAAAUGGUAACACUCAGACAUGCCUUUGAAGCUAAUAAUAUGAAGACACUUAUCUUAAAGAUUAUUAAAGGUGCUUAUCCACCAGUACCUCCCCGCUACAGUAGAGACCUUCGCUUGUUGCUGAGCCAAAUAUUCCAGAGGGAGCCUCAGGCCAGACCUUCCAUCUGUGCAGUGCUUCGCAAAGCAUUCAUCUUCAAAAGAGUAUCUAAGUUUAUUUCUGGAUGUGAAGAGGCUGAAUUAAAGCAGUCCCUAGUGAAACGUAAAUAUCAAUUGCCCGCCUCAUCUCAGAGAGUGCUGGCUCCUAGACGGCCAUCAGACAUAACAGAGCCUGGAGCAAAGUAUGGAGUCUCUCUCAACAGAAAAUUAGUCCACAAGUCUCCUAGCAAGUCUGUGGCAAGGGCUGCCAAACAAGCGAUUCCUGGUGGGAAGAAGGUGCCUAAGGCACCUCCCAGAAUCACUGAGAGAUUAAGGAAAGACAGCCGAAAGAGAUGUCCAAGUGAGGAUAUACUAUCAUCUAAAGAUCAGCACCAACCUCAGGCAGAACAGAGUAAGAGAUAUCAAAGGAGAUCAAAGUCUGUACCUCAUGCUUUUAAGCAAAAUAAUCUAAAGCCACAACACCAGCAUUACAAAAACAAGACUCCAUCGCCAAUCAAAGUUAACCUCAUGCUAGACAGUGCAGGUCUGAGAAAAGGAAAGCAGGGUGACAAAAUAAGUAAAGGUUUUGAGGUAGGUUCUAGAUUUGACAACGAGGUGUAUGCAUUGCCCAGGUCUCCAGGUUGGCUUGCUGAUGAAUUCCUAACUAAAAAAGUGAAAGCUGUUCAUGACAAGAGAAAGCAUAUGGAGGCUUUUGUGUCAGGUAUAGCAAAAGAAUGUGCAAAGGAACCUCCCGAAUCUGAAGGGGCUGUUGCUAGGUGUGUAUCUCCAUGUAAAGGUGCUUCUUGUGCCUUGGAAGAAAGAAAGCCAGUGCAAAACAUUUUUCCCAAAGUGAAUAAAAGCCACAAAGUGUACAAAUCUGAGCCAAGACCAGGUGGAGAAGUUGAGUUACCGAAUCCAAAGGAUGUCAAAGAGUUAGCUAACCAAAGUCUGAAGUGGCAAGGCAGUCCACGCAGUGAGGAUGACGAUCAUGAUGAAGAGGAGGCUCUGUUGGGUGUAUCACCAGAAAAACUGAGGCAAGUGAUGCACAAAAAAAUGACAGAACUUCUGAAGGAGCGUACCAAGAAGAUGAGUCAGAUGGUCUCUGAACGGCGUCAGUGGGCUUAUGAGAAGGAAAAACUCUGUAAUACUUCAAUGCCACAGAAUGAUGAAGGGGAAACUCUAAAGCCAAAUGACAAGACUUGCAAUGAUACCAAUGGGAAAGGAGAAAUACAUCAGAAUUUCAAAAGAGCAGACAGUUUGCACAGUACUACCAAAUACCAGGAUGCCACAGGCAUCCCAGAGAAUUCAUAUGCACAUGAGAGUGAUGAUUGGCCUCAUGAACCAUCUACAUCUAGGUCCAGUGAUAAGAACUCUUUGUUUGUCAUGGAGGAGGUCAUGAGGAGUGGGUGUGAAGAGAGAACAUUUAAUGUAGUUGUCUGCCAGAAAAGCAUGAAUUUAAGUUCAAAUACUGAAUGUGAUGAGUCAAGUGCCCAAUGUGAGAAAAUUACUGUUGGAAAAAGCUUUGAUACUGAAGGAAAUGUGUCCAAUGAUAAGAUUACUCAACAAAAGAUAAAGAAGGACAGUUUAGCAGAAAAUGGUAUCCCGAAAUUGAUAUCUCAGGGAUGCCUUAACGAAGGCAAAGAGUCUGCUGCUUCUGAGGAUCUGGCCACAUCGCAUCACUCAACUCCCAGCAUGCGUGCACGCUGGGGUGCAGUUCACACUGCUGAUUUGGAAAAGUCUCCCCUGGAAACUACAGCCUCUGAGAUGGACACAACAGGUCCUUCAGAUUGUGUAUUUGUGUACAGAGGAGCAGGUGAACGUAAGCAGUGGGGAAAAGAUUGUGAUGAUGUGAUAAGUGUAUUAUCUGAGGCCCAAAUAUUUGAAGAAUGUAGAAAAGUGCAGUCUGAAAUAACAGAGGUAACAAAAUCUUUGACAGAUGUAGAGACUCUUUCUGAUAAUUUCUUGGAGCAGCAAUGCACACCUGUCAUAAUGAACUCCACUUUUACUCUCAAGGAAGGUCUCCAAGAGUGUAAAGGGGCCAAUUGUGACUGCAAUUCAAAAUUGCAUUCAACAAAUACUGUGCAAAAACCUUUGGUAUUAAAUGACACUUUUCAGAUUGAAAAAUCAACUUUUGAAGAAGAAAGGAAAUCAAUUGGACCACCUCUCUUGAAUAGCACAUUUGACAUGAAGGGAAGCUGUGAUAGCUUCAUCGCCCCAUCAGAAGCACCUGCUAUGAAUAGCACUUAUAAUAUUGACAAAAAGGAGGUUGUUGCAGAUACUAUACAUCAAGGAUGCUGUGAGGGAAAUCCUAAACAUACACAUGUCAUUGAGACUGUGCUUUUGAAAGAGAGCAAACAGAGUCUGGAAGGCACAUAUGCAGUAUCCUCAAGAGAAGGUGAAAAUAAUGCUCAAAAAACAGAUCCUUCAUUGAUCAUGGGAAAGGAAAGAACAAUCCCUGAUAAAAAAGUAGCAACUCAAGAGGUCUCCACAAAGACAAAGAGCGGGUUACUUGGAAAGCUACGUCUUCACAUGUCACCUCAAGUUAAAUACAAGUAUCAGAAUUGUGAUAACCGUUUUAAAUUACCCAAGACGCCUUUAUCAUCAAAAGUCAAGGGUUGUGCAAUUAGCGCAAGUUCAGAAUCAAAUAUCCCAAAAGUAACGGACUCAUCAGUUCCUACAAGGAGAGGAAGUAUAAAGCUUGGACUCUCUGGCAUUUUAAGAAGAUUCUCAUCAAGGCAUAUCAUGAAGACUCCAACAAGAAGUAAAUCUGAAGAGACAGUGGAGAAAGACCUUGAAAGUUUAGCAGAUUCAGAAAGAGUCCAAAGUGACACUGACUCUUCACAGCAAGAGGAAGUGGAAUGUGUUACAGUGAAAUUUGUUGAUGGUGCUUCACAAAAUAAUAACCAGAAAAUGACAGAGGAUACAAUUAGUUUUGAAACCAAAACAAAUGUUGCUUUUGGACAGGAUACAUUUGAUAUGAUUAAUAACAAAAGUACAGCAAGCAUCAGAGAUGAUGACUUCAAUGAUAUUACAAGGGAAAUGUGUGAUAAAAAACCUGAAGAAGUGUGUUGCUCAAGAAAGAUAAAUGAACAGUUUGUAGAUGAAGGAACACCAUCAGAACUAUUGCCAAGCAACAUUGUUCUUUCUUAUUCAAAUAAAUUAGAUGAAACAUCAACUGAUAGUGGUAUUGAUUCUCAAAAGACUAGUGUAUGUCAAAUGUCAAGUACUGAUUGCAGCAACUCUCAGGUUCUCCGUAGUGGAUCACUUGAACUACAAAGUGAAAGUGGUGGCUCUGAAUUACAAAAGGCACACAAAGGUGACCCAGACUGGCUCCUUGUUUCCAACUCCUUAGAAGUAACCGGUUCAUCUGGGUUUAUAGGACCCCAAGGAAAGCAGGAAAGUUCUACUCAAAAUUUAACCUCUACUUGUGCACAGACUUCUGAAGUUACCCAAACCAUUUUACUAGAUGGGAAUUCUAAGGACAAUCUUCAAGAUAUUAGUCCUGUAUCAACAAGUGGUAUUCAUAUUAAACUCAUGACCUCUACUCAGCAGAAAGAUGAAAGAGUACAAUCUGAGUGUGAAAAUGACUGUCUUGACUGCAAUCAAGUGGAACAGACUGAACACAAAACACUGAUUACAGCCAAAACAAAUAGAAAGCAAAAAACUGAAGCAAAACAAGACUCUCAGACAAUGGAAAUUAAGAUUACCCUAAACGAUGAAGUUCCAAGGAGCCCGCGCAGUUUAGAAGGUUCAUCACAGUCCUUAGCUGAGCAGCCAGUCAUCCCUUGUAGUCCGGCCAGGGCCCGACCUACAGUGUUGGACAUUGGUGUAAAGACAACUGACUUACUGCAGGGAUCACACUCUACCUCAAGAGAUGACAGGUCAAGAGGAAGAAAGUCCAACAUAUCCAGAGCUACCAAUGGGAAAAAAACCCAACAGCAGCCUCAUUCAGGAAGUCAAGAAAGUGUCGCAGCAGCAAGUCAGAGUAGAGCAUGUGGAAGUGUGUGUGCAGGACCCACCGGCAACCCCAGUAAUGUGAAUCCACAAGCCACGGAACUCUUCUCUUCAUCAGACGAGGAAAGUGAGGACCUAGCAAAUCUACGGCAAUCAAUGGCAAUUCUCUUAAAUUAUGAAGGGAACCGAAGGGAAGAAAACCAGAAGCAGCUUCCCGAGUUGUGGCAUUUAGACCGGGACGGAGGAGUGGUGCCCGGGGGUGGUGGUGUGUAUUGCUGGAUUGAGGAGCAGAGGGCGAGGCUGGAAGAUGAACUCAGCCUGGAGGUCUUUAUAAAAGCCUAUCACCUGCUGGAAGAGGCCCAGGAGCGUGAGGGCUGUGUGGUGGGCGAGUCAGUGAGCCAAGUGGAAUGCCUGCUGGGGCCUGACCAACGUCAUUUGGCUUAUGACAUACUGCAGCUGGUGGUGGCCGAGGCUGUCUAUCAUGACUAGUCCAGUGCAGAGUAAGAGAAGAACUCCAUUUGUUUUCGCCAGAGCUUUUUUUUUCAUUUUAUUACAAUAUUAAGAGUAGAUGACAUUAAAGAAGCACUGGUGAGGCUACAAAGCCCACAAUAUAAUUUUUUAUAAAUGUUUGCACAAAUGAAAGAUCCAUGGAAAUAAAGGUGUAGCUACAGUAUGCUCAAGUUACAAGUUACUCAGGUUUUAGAACAUUUUGUGUAUUUUUAAAUGUUCAAAUUCCAUUGUAGAUUUUGCAGUCACAUGCUCUAGCAAUUUUUUAGUAUGACACUGGAAUAGUCAUGUUUUUUACAAUAUUGCUCAAUGAGUUUCCUCUUACAUGAUAUAUUUGAAAACAGUUUCCGACAAUAUGCACACUGUUGACCAUAGUAUUUAUAACACUGGGUCACUGAAUAAAGAGAAAUCAUGCUACUACCCAUGAAAGUCUUAGAUUUGGUACAGUGAAUUUACUACAAUAGUUGGUGCCAUAAGAUAGCUUAUCUUUUCCAUAGGCAUAAACAAACUGCCAGUAUUUACUAGUAAGAGUAGGGAUUCCUGUGUUUGUAGUGGUUUGGAAACACUGAAGAUGCAACAGGUUCUUCAUUUCAUUUUUACAUUUGUCAGUGCAAGUGUUCUCAGAAAACUUUAUUUAGUUUAACAGUAUUAAGAAUUAGUUUAAUUACAGUUAAGCAUGUGGUCUUAUUUAAGACCAAAGUCCUCUAAAUUCAAACCAGCCAACCUCAGGGAGUGUAAAUGUUUAUAUUUCCAAGGCAGGAACAUUCUGCUGAAAAAACAGGUGGGCAUUGGUGAAACAAAAGACAUGAAAUGAUAUUAGUUUGCAGUGGCAUGGCUGUUUGUGUCUUUUAUUAUAAUCUGUGUGUUAGUUCCUUCAAAUAAAUCAUUAAUGCACUGUUUAGUUUGAAAAGUCAAAUGGGUUACAAGCAGUUACUUAGAAAUAGGUAAAUUACUGAUUUCUGUUGAAUCAAUCACUAUGUUAAGGAUAUUUUGUACCUAAAAUUACUGUGAUAAAUAUGUGAUUUUACUUGUAAUAAUGUUUUUUUUUUCAUUGGGAAGAGUAUAAGUAUACAGCAAAGCUAUCUGAUCAGCAUGGGUUGCAGAGGUUCAGAUAAUAUAUGAAAUAAUCAGCUGUCUGAGAGACAGUUUUCAAUGAUCUGACUCCUGCUUUAGUAAAUCACUUAAGGUAUAAACCUAACCUUGUCUUACCAUGUCAAUAUUAACUAGUCAUGCUUAUUCCCAUCAUACAAAGUAUAAGAUCUGUAAAAUCAAGUAUUCUAAGUGAACCUCAGAGUAAAUGUUAGAUUUUUAAAAGGAAUAGUAAAUUUAUGUAUGUAUACAGCUUAAUUUACAACAUGACCAAGUUUCCCAUUUACAAAAACUUGUUCUCCAUAUUUCUUUUUAUCUGUUCAAGUUUCAAAGCCAACCUUGGCAUCAAUAUUCUAAGAAUACUAAAAAAUGGCACUUUUAAGUAUUAAACUCUGUUAGAAUCUUAACUAAAGUGGACUAAGGGAACGCUGUAAUGAUGGUUCCCUUGAGAUUUUUAAUAUUUUUUGUGCACCAUUCCACAAUCCUAAAUGACAAAAUUUAUCUUGUAUAUAGAAAAACAGUUUACAGAAUGAAGGAUAAUAAAGUAUUUAUUUUCAAAAUGUUAUAAUAGUUUCUUUCAUUGGUAUCAUGCAUUGAAGGUAUCAGGAAGUACUGUAUACUGAAAAUUAAAAAAAUGCAAAUAAUCAGAGAACAGUCUGUAUAACAUAUGGGGAACAUUUCACUGAGAAACGUGGAAUAGCCUUUUGAAAAGUGCUGAGCAACAACAUACAUGUCACUGCCAUUCUCUUGUACACACCGGCCAAAGUGAACAUCACUUGUCUCUUCUCUCCCCAAACUCAGGCACUCUGAUGUGUAGGAACAUUUACAUCUAAUGAGUAUUCUCUUGGGACUGUAUACUCUUCUGGUCCUAAUCCAGGGUUAUGACUACUCUACUGUAGAUAAAAAAUUGCUUUGUGUUGUUUGGGAUGAUAAGUUUUUACUGUAUUUACUUUCUGAAGUUUAGUGUACAUUUUAGGAAAUUAAGAACAAAGAAAUUAAGGAACUCAAUACCUGAAAGCUAGUCGUGGCUGUGGGAAGAUGUGUAUGAAGAUGUGUAUGUAUGAUCUGAAUUUAUAGUUGCAUGAAAUUAUUACUCAUUAAUGCUAUCUUUAGUAUAUUGGAUAUUAUUGUUAAUGUCCAUAAGCUUUAAGUGAUAUUUCUGUUUCUGUAUUGCUGCCAUAUAAUCAUGUUAGGUUUCUGCAGAAAUUAUUGCAGCUGAAGUUAUGGGGUAAUUAAAAUCAGAUGUAGUUAUGAAUGUUUGCUACCACACGACAGCAGCUGCAUCCUCAUAAUAAUGUGGAAUGAGUUAUUGCAGCAUUGCACUUUGCAGCUGCAUGAAAAGAAGUGUCAAAUGUUUGUACAACUCCAAUGAUCUUGAGGCAAGCAGCAGAAAGUUGAGAUGCAAAUAUAUUUUUAUAUGAUUUAUACCUUGUCUUUUUUUUAGAAGUCGUAACUUAUUAAAAUAAAUUUGCCAUUAUACAUUUAUAUUAAGGUUCUAUCACAUUUCAACUAUAACCAUCCAACAAUGAUAGUUAUGGAUGUCACGUUUCUAGUCAAGUCUGUGAAUGUUUGAUAUUCAUUGGAAUUGUAGUGUUAACUAUUAUGAAUAUAAAAUACAUACUAUUGUAGAAGUCAAAGUGUUAUAUCAGGUGUUUAAUACAUUGACUUAUUGAAUAAAUACUAACUGAUGCUUUCUGGUGGUUGACAUGAGCUAAGCAUUGUUCUGGGAAGUGGCUUUUCACAGUUUUCUUUAAACAAAUUGAUUCCUGUUUUCCAAUAAUAGCUGUCCAAUAAUGUAGUAAGAAUGCUGACUUCUGUGCAUUUGCUCUCUGGCUGCUAUAAUUUACUGUUGUUUAUGAGAUGUGCAUGCAUGAGACUGCUUGGGUGUUUGUGGUGGUGGAUUACAGAAGCACAGCACAAAUAUUAUGCUUUGCAUUUUUAUGCAACUUUAUAAGUCCCCUCUUUUUAAUGGCAUCUCCUUCACUCUUAAUUCAUGUCAUUAUUAUUGUACAUUUCUAAAGCCACAGACCUAUUGGAAUAUUGUUGGAGGAAAAAUCAUGUCUUUCAAGCAUCUGACUCUACAAGAAUAUGCUGAAACUUCUACUCGGUUGUUAUUUUGUUGUAUGUCAUAUUAUUUUUUUCUGUUUUGCUGCAAAAUAACUUUACUCUCAAAAGCUAAGCACAUGAUUGUGACACAUAAGCCACUUAAAACUUUGAUUCACUAGAAAGCAUGAGUGAGCAUUUAUUCUGCUGUUAUGUUAUACUCUGUGUGAUAGGAGUUUUUUGUGGGUGAGCCAUACAUGAAUGUUUACCCUCUAAUGGGUUUUACCAUUGGGCCCAUUUCAUUGUCAUGAUGGACAAGUUUAUAAGUGUGCCAUUUUUAUAAUAAAACAUAGACUGAAAAA